CUAUAUGCUGUAGUUGUUGGAGCGCAUGGUCAGGUACGAGCUCGCAAGCUCGGACGCGCGAGUAGCCGGGGGCCGGAGGCCCCUAUCGUAGUAUAUAACGACCGCGCGCGAUGUAUGUACGCUACGCGAUUGUCCCUUACGGGCAUCGCUACGCCCGUGGACAAACGCGCUCGCCGCGCUGUCGCACCGUUAUUCCAACAGUUCCUCGCAUGGGUAUUCCCAUGGGGCGACGCUUCUUCGACGCAGCGACUUAUGUUGGACAGUCGUUUGACAGCUCUCAAUGACAUUAGCACAUGA